CAUGGCCAAGAGCCUUCGGAGCAAGUGGAGGAGGAAGAUGCGGGCGGAGAAGAGGAAGAAGAACAUGCCCAAAGAGCUGGAGAGACUGAAGAAGAUCCUGGGAACCAAGGCGGAUGUCGUCAUGGAGGAGGUCAAGGAGGUAGCGACCGUGGUGCCCCCCGAGAAGGUCCUGGAGCAGAAGGAUGACGGCAAAAUGAACGUGGACAAUAAACGAAACAAAAAAACCCUUCUAGACCAGCAUGGACAGUACCCAAUAUGGAUGAAUUCCAGGCAGAAAAAGAAGCUUAAGGCACAGCGUGUUAAAGGGAAAAAAAAAUCAAAAUUGGCCAAAGGCCUCCUCUGGUAAAAUUAGCUCUGUAAGAUCAUGAAUAUUUUACUCAACAAAAUAAAUUUCCAAUGUAAGUUCAUAAUACUUUUGUGCUUAGCCACUGAGUAUAAUUUAUUGUGUUGAAUGAAUUUUUGAAGAGACUAUUAGGCCAGCAAGUGAUGAAAGAAAUGUCAACCUGAUGUCUGCUGAACUUAAAACCAAAGCCGAGUGUGUUUGAAUAGA